AGAAGGCUAUUUGUCCGUCGUAGCUACAACUCACUUGGACCCAAUUAUGUCUGGCACGUGGAUGGUUACGACAAACUGAAACCCAAUGGGUUUUGCAUUGAACGGGUGUAUUGACGGGUUUUCUAGAAGGUUGAUGUGGCUUGAGACUGGACCCAGCAACAACAACCCAGCAGUUGUUGCCCAUUAUUUUGUGGAAUGCGUGCGGACAUUGGAAGUGGUUCCAAUGCACAUGAGAACUGAUUGCAGAACUGAAAAUGGGACACUUGCGGCCAUUCAGUGUACGCUCAGAUCUGGACAUAAUGAUUACUUCGCUGGACCCAGAAGCCACAUGUUUGGUUCUUCAACAAGUAAUCAGAGGAUUGAGUCGUGGUGGUCCUUCUUCAGGAAAGGAAGUGCACAGUUUUGGAUACAGCUUUUUGGGGACAUGCAGACCCAAGGACACUUUAACGGAAGUCACGAACACCAGUGCUUGAUGCGUUUCUGUUUUGGAGCAUUAAUUCAAGUGGAACUGCAAGAGUGUAGGCAGCUGUGGAACCUUCACCGUGUUUGCCAGUCAAGGUUCUCUCGAUGUCCCGGGGGCAUCCCAGAUGAGCUUUACAAUCUACCUCAUAGGUAUGAUUCAAGAGACUGUGGCUUCCCUAUCAACAUUCAAGACCUGGUGCAAUUUCAGCAGUUUACAGAACGCCAGGAUAUAUGCGGUGAUGCAGAGUUAAAAAGAAUGUUCCUGCAGGAAGUAACCCGAAACAACCUUGCCAUUCCUGAGAACUGGGAGAAUGGAGUGGAACUUUAUCUUAACCUGAAAGAACUUGUAAUGUUAUAGCCUGUUGCUCUGUUAGAAUGCCAUGACAAAUAGUCUACUACUAUAUAGCAGUGCUUGGAAAUUGUUUCGUCAUGCCCCCCCUUGAGUGAUCAACUCUGCUCCCCAGCCAAGCAAAUAAAUAAAAUUGACUUAUUGUCCAAGUACAGAUGACCAAUUUUGAUGUAUGAAACAUUAACAGGUAAACAUUAAUAAACUUUUUGAAUUCUAGGUUAUGUAAUUGUCAUCAAAUUGCCCUGCAAAAAAAAGU